CUAAAUGAACCUCCCAUCGCAAAAUCAAGAUUGUCCGAAAUAAACCACUUGCUAUUCCAAUAUCUAAGCUUGAUUUUGGGUAGAAUGGAUAUGAUCCAAAAUAAUAAUUCUGGUUCCCACCUAUUAGAAACAAUCGUUUACCAAAUAAUCCUACUACUAAGAGAAAUCUUGUUCAUCGGAAAAUCUGCAACCAGGUUCUUGAAACUAUCGGACUAUACUCUAGAUUCCUCACUAGAGAACUUACUAGUCUUGGUCACUGAUUUGGUUUCAACUGUUAAAAAAUUGCUUCUAAAAACUUCUUUAAAUCAAACAACACCAUUGUUCAGACUAUACUCUCCAAAUCUUAUAUCUGACAUCCCGGGAAACAGAAGCUCCUCUUAUUUCUACACUCUAGAAGGAAUAAAACUAAUUGCUGUUGUCUCAAAAAUGAUAAAAUCUGUCUCCAGCUCCUUAAAAAGCUGUCGCUAUUUGUUGGAUUUAAUACCGAAUGGUUAUACUCUAGACUCUAACCGAAAACAUCCAGACUUUCAAAAAAUGAAAAUAUCCCCCAAAGAAUUUGUCCAAAAAUGUUCAAUCAAUUCACUAGAAGAUUCAAAUCAAACAAUAACUCCCGUAAAUUCAAAUUUAAACAAAAAUGCUCAACCAAUCACACUUCUGGAAACACUAGCAGAGUUCAAUAGUUCUUCUCCAUACAUGGUAAGAAUAUCAGCCUUUGCUCGAUAUAAGGAUUCCUCAAACCAACAAGAUGUGGAGUUGAAAACUAACCCGUUUUCUGUAGAUAAUGAAAUUCUACUAGAUGGCAACGGAAAAAUACUAGGUGCUACCUUUAGAGCAUUGGUAUACUUAUUAGUUAAUGAACUACAUCGUCCAGAUAGGUUCUUUUUUUCAACAUUCUUUUUAACAUUUCGCAUUUUUUCAACUCCAGCUGACUUAAUUGAAGAAUUAAUAAAAAGAUUUGAUGCUGAUAACAAAGAAAAAUCUAUUCUUAUUGAUGAACUGACGACACAAUCAGAAUCUGAAGAAUAUGAAAUCAACUCAGAACAAAAAUACACAGUAUUCGAUUCAAGAAUAAAAAAUCGCAGAAAAUUAAUCUUGAAUGCAUUCAAAACAUGGCUUGAAAGUUAUUGGAACUAUAAAGUAGAUUAUCCGCUUUUACCAACCAUAAUAAACUUUUUAAAUGAGAGUGCCAUAAGAUAUUUGCCCACAGAGGUGUAUCCAAUAUUAGAGGUUGCUGGAAAAUUAGCAGCAAAUCACCCAUUUCAGGAUGUGAAUUUUGCUUACAUGUCUGGUAUGAAUGACAAUCAAUUAGUCACAAGAAGAAUUGGACAAAUUGAUAAGAGUUCUUACGAAGAUGGUUACCAUUAUUAUACAACAAGUACUACAGCGCUUCCUGCUGAUCUAUCUAGUCCAACAAGUGAAACUGAGUUUCUUUUUAAAAAUAAACAGAAUAACAAUAAUGGGAUUGGAUCAUCUUCUUUGAAAAUUUCAAAUUGGAUUGCAUCCACAUCACAUAUAUCAUCUUUACUUAACCGAAACCAGUUAUCAUCGAUUGAAAAAGCCAUAAUGCAAUUCAGAGUUGCAUUUGGUAAAACAUGGAAUCCUGAUUUUAUUAAAACUAGUUCUAGUAUUUCUUCAAAUCCAAUUCCAUACUAUCCAAUUGACAUCAAACAACUAUUAGAUUCGUGGUAUAACAUUUGUGAAAUAAAAAAGCUUGAAGUAUCUUUGAAUUCCAAGAACAUUUCUUUACUAAACUUCAAUUGCAUGGAAUUGUCAAAGCAAUUAACAAUUAUAGAAUCCAAGAUAUUUGUCAGUAUAAAACCAGACGAAUUAUUAAAUAAAAAUUUUAUCACCAAGAACCUAUAUUUAAAAAAAAGCGUUAAUGUUGAAAAAUCAAUACUAUUUACCAAUUUACUAUCAGAAUAUGUUAUCGAAACCAUAUUGAAACCUGGGAUUGCCAUAAAGUUAAGAAUCUCCAAUUUGAAAUACUGGAUAAAAGUUGCUUAUUGUUGUCUAAUUUUAAGAAAUUUUAAUUCUUUGGCUGCGAUAAUGACAAUAUUACAAAGUUCAGCAAUCAGUCGAUUACAUCGUUUGUGGGGAAAGCUAAACUCCAAGUAUUAUGAAGUUUACAGUUAUCUAAGCUCAAUCAUUCAACCCGAUAAAAAUUUUUAUAUUUAUCGGUCAAAGCUAAAGAAAUAUUUGGAUAUAUCAAAAGAUCAGCAGGUCAGUAACAUUCCUUUAGUUCCCUAUAUCAAUUUGUUUCUACAAGACAUAAUAUUUGUUAAUGAAGGCAAUAGUGAUUAUAGACAAAUAAGUGGUUAUUUAAAAUUAAUUAAUUUUGAUAAGCAUUUUAAGAUUGUAAAAAUAUUAUCUGAUAUGGAACAUUUCCAGGUUGAUUACUCUUCUACAUAUAAUAUUAUCAACACAAAUGGGAGCAAUAAUCUUGGAACCAAUCAAAAUCUUGAUGACAAUAUUACAAUGGAUUCGGUAUCUCAAUUGCAAGAGUUGAUAUUAAUAGAGCUCAUGAAUGUACAUUCAUUAUAUAUGAAAGAUUCAGAUAGAAUGUGGAAUCUUAGUUUUAAUAUCCAAACACAGCAUUCGCAUUCUUGA